CAAGUCACCUAUUAACUGCUUUCAGGGGAAAAGUUUUGAAUUCAAAUAAUGUGACUUCUAGUUUGCAUCGGAAGUUAGUAUAUAGUUAAUCGAGGCCUGCAGCCUAAGGUGUCCAUAUCUGGAGUUGGAUUUCCUUUAACUCCAUUCUGAGAUUAAGGAAAGAUGGACAGACAAGUGAAAAUUUAUAGGUUUACAAUUUUUUCAAAUUGUAGCCCAAAAAGAAAAACAAUGUUUGUGGCAUAGCUGUAUCUGUAUGAAACAUGCAGUGUGUAGCGUCUUUGUAAUCCAAAAAGAUAAUUGGUAGACGAACGAACAGCAAUUAGUUAGAAAACGUUACGUUAUGUACACCAAGUUAUUUUACAAUGUUAAAAUUAUGACAUUAUGCGAAUGAUGCUUAUGUACACAAUUCAUUUCUCACCUCCUAGCGGAAGUUUGUGACCGCACCGGAAUUAAGCAUAUUCUGACGACGCCAUAUCAUCCUCAGUCGAAUUUUACAAAAAGAGGGAACCGCACCUUGGGUAGGAUGAUUGCGGCAUACAUCGAAAGAAACCAUAAAGAAUGGGACACCCAUAUAUCAGAAUUAGCGCUGGCAUUACGAACUUCAGGACAGGAUUCGACAAAGUAUACGCCAGCUAAACUACAUCUCGGGAGAGAGAUUGCACUCCCGUGGGACCGCCUGACGUCUUAUCCAAGUCGCCCUACGACUAUUAGAGAAAAAUGGGCAAAAUUGCAACAGAUAAGAAAACAAGCCCGAGACAACGUGCGAACUGCGCAACAAAAACAGAGAAGGACUUACAAUUUAAGAAGGCGGCCAGAUACAUUCAAGGUUGGUUCAUUAGUUGUCUUAAAAGCUCACCCUAUUUCUUCUUCUAGCCGACGCUUCAGCGCUAAAUUGGCACCUAAGUGGUCAGGACCUUACGAGAUCGCUAAGAUUAUCUCGCCAGUAGUCUACGAGAUAAAAGAUCCCCACACUGGGGCCAGCCACGGAAGUCAACAUAUCGCUAAUCUGAAGCGAUAC